CUUAAGAUCAGGAUGGACAACAUGCAGAGACCCAUCAAAGUUAUGAUGCUGCCAUGGCUUGCUCAUGGUCACAUAUCACCAUUUCUAGAGCUAGCAAAGAGGCUCUCCACGAGAAACUUCCACAUUUACUUGUGUUCCACUCCUGUCAACCUUAGCUUCAUCAAACCCAAGAUUUCCGAGAAAUAUUCAUCUUCCAUUGAACUUGUCGAGCUUCACCUCCCAUCUCCGCCCGAACUCCCUCCCCAUUAUCACACAACCAAAGGCUUGCCUCCUCACCUCAUGAACACCCUCAAGGUGGCUUUUGACAUGGCGAGCCCCGUCUUCUCUGAUAUCGUCAAGAGCCUGGGCCCCAAUUUGCUCAUCCACGACUUUCUCCAACCGUGGGCAGCGGAAGCCGUGAAAUCUCACGGCAUGCCAUCGGUCGUCUUCUUCAGUAUUGGUGCGGGGACGCUAUCUUUUAUUUUCCAUAUGGUCAAGAACGCCGGCAGUAAAUUCCCCUUUGAAGCAAUUCGCCUUCAUGAUUACGAGCAGGCAAAACUCAUCAAGGUGAUGGACGACUCCGCAGUCCGCGUGAAGGACAAAGAUAGGGUUCUACAAAGUGUUGAAAGGUCCUCGAAUUUCAUCUUGUUGAAGACCUUCAGAGAGCUGGAUGGGAAAUACAUGGAUUAUCUCUCAAGUCUCUUGGGGAAAAAUGUGGUGCCUGUUGGUCCACUUGUGGAAGACCCUAGCAACAUAGAAGAUGGAGAUUUUGAGUGGCUUGACAAGAGAGAGAAAUCUUCUACUAAUUUUGUGUCAUUUGGUUCUGAAUAUUUUCCCACUGAGAAAGAAAGAGAAGAGAUUGCUUAUGGAUUGGAGCUUAGUAAUGUCAACUUCAUUUGGGUCAUUAGGUUUACUGUCGGAGAGAGCACUGAGCUUGAAGAGGCAUUGCCUGAGGGUUUUUUUGAAAGAGUGAGAGAUAGGGGAUUGGUGAUAGAUGGAUGGGCACCACAAGGAAAGAUUCUGGAGCAUCCAAGCAUUGGUGGGUUUGUGAGUCAUUGUGGAUGGAGCUCCAUCAUUGAGAGCAUGAACUCUGGGGUCCCGAUCAUCGCAAUGCCGAUGCAACUCGAUCAGCCGUUAAAUGCUCGGACGGUCGAGGAGAUCGGAGUCGGAUUGCAGGUGAAGAGAAAUAAGAGCGGAGAGCUUGAGAGAUUGGAGAUAGCGAAGGUGAUCAAAGAUGUGGUGGUGGAGAAAGAUGGAGAGAGUGUGAGGAAGAAGGCAAAAGAAAUGAGCUACAGCAUUAGGAACAAAGGAGAGGGAGAAUUAGAUGAAGUGGCUGAUGCGUUGGUCCAACUUUGUGUGGGAAAUAAAGAACAAUAUGUGUCGAAAUGAAGCCAUGUUAGACGUAUGUGAAUGGGUAUGGGGUGCGUCUAUAGUCCCCUGAAUGUGACCUUGUCAUCGUAGUGCUGUCCAACAUUUUUAGGAUGUCUAAUAAGUUGGCGUUGGUUACUUUUAUUGAAA